GUUACCUCCCUUAGCUGGUUGUUGAUGACAACAAACAUGGCGUUGAAACUUGUUGACUGCACGAAAGGCGAGGAAAGGGUGACUUUUUCUAAUUCAUUGCCAGAAGAUAUAGCAUAUGCUAAAACAUUUUGGCAGUCUCUGCAACUGUUACCACCCAUGGAGUCCAGAUUAGUGUCUAGCGACAUCAAACAGCGCUUGAAGAAGGCACCGUCAGCGUAUCAAGGAGUAAACCGAGGACACAGGGCACACAUGCAGCCAUUAGUUGUACAAGACUUUCUCAACCAAGCACGAACAAUGGUGAACAUUGAAGAGUAUGAGCGUUUGAGGCGCCUGGCUUCAGCACGUGAUGAAGACCGCGAGACACUGAGUCGCAGGCGGAAAGAGAGGAUGAAGAAAGAGGAAAUCUCUCGGAACCAUGUGUCAUCGCAGUCACGGAGACGAGAACAGACUGUGUUCAAGAUGAGUGAUGAUGAAGAGCAGGAGGAGGAUGUGGGCAAACUGAUGCAAGAUCUUGAUGACUUUGACAGGAAUAAAGGCCAUGCCUCCGACUCUGACUGAAUCAAACCCAAUCAAUGUCAUAGCAACAGACAGAUGGAAAAUAAGUGUCUUAGAUUCCUGUAGAAUCUUGCAAGAUAAUCUUGAUGGAUAAUAUGGAUUACCUGAUUCAAUAGUUUAUCAUUUUAUUGUCAAACAAUUAUGAUAAAAACUUUGGCUUCAUCAUUUUGUCAUUACUGAUAUGAUUUAUAUGAUAAUUUAAGUGAUUCUUAUCACAAACAAAUGACAAAUGACUCAUAGCUGUAUCUAGAAAGGGUAAGUUUGUGCAACACAUGAUGCUUUGUAUAAUAUACCUUUGCCCUAAAGGUAUGUUGAGAAGUCAGGUAUGUCUCUUGAACUUGAAGGGAGUUUGGGUACUUAAAGUGCCUUUAUUGUAUUAGUAAACAUGCAUUUUGGAAACAUGAAGCUACUUAGAUAUUGCUUUAUAGACAUGAUCUGACAAUGUGACAGCUGGUGUUCUGGUCUAUUAGACCAAUAAGAAGCAAUGUAACAUGUAAGGCAUGGAAAAUAAAUCGGAGCAGUCACAAAGGGUAUAUCGGAGUGAGACUCUGCAGUGAUACAAAACACAUGUGAAAAUGUUACCCAAACACUGCAAACUUUACUGCAGUUUCUUUGUAUGUUGUUGAGUUUUAGAAAUGUCUAAAAAAGCCUAUCUACUUACUUCAUUGUAAUAAGUGUCAAUGAAAUCGGAAUCACAAUUUCAUUUUUUACCAUUUAGUGAAAACAACAGACAGGGAUCUCCAUGUAAGUUGAAUAUAUUCCAAAAGUUCAGCUGUUAACUUUUACAUCAAGUUUGGUAAUUUGAUUUUUCGAAAUUAUUAUUUUCCUGCGUUUUAAAUUUUGCAUUAUUUUUGAAAAAUGCUAUGUCCAUAACAUAGAUGUUUGAUGAUGUUACUGCAAAUUGUGUGGUUCAUGAAAGAGAUCUGUAAAAGGUAUUUAUAUAUCAUAUAUAUUGGUAUCAGUAGUUUGAUAUCCUGACAAAAUGUAUAUAAGUAGCACAUCUAACUUUAUAACAGUUUGUUGUGUAUGGAUGUUUACCUCAUUGUGUGAAAGUGACCGACAGAAUGUUUAAUAUUAAAAAAAUUAAACUGU